UUAUUUAAAUUGUAUGCAGUUAUUUGUUAUAAAAUUUCUGUAUAAUGUUGUAAAUAUAAUUUUAAUUCACUCCAUAAUUAUCGGAUUUUUGUAAUAUGUACCUAUUUUUUGUUGUACAUUUAAUGUGUUUAAAACUUAUUCAUAGUUUAUUAUUACUGCAAUAAUCUUAUUAAAGUACUAAAAUUAUUUAUUGUAUAUGUUGUUAUACCUUAAAUUGCAACAAUCCAUUGUUCAAAUUUCUAUUGUAGAAGAUAUAAAUUAUAAAAUAACGAACAUUAUCUAUAAAGAACACAAAGAGAAGUUCUUGAUCUUUUUCAAGUUUAAAGGAAAAUAACUAAAAAUGUCUCUUUAUUCAGAUAUGUCUGCUGCUCUAUCUAUAUUGACAGAAAUAAAAUCUUUAGUGAAUGAAUCAGGAAAUGAAAAGUUAAAAGCUAAUACCAAUAAUGAUUUACAACUUCUAAUUUCAGUAUUUCAAAAUCCAAUAAUUAAAACUAUUGCUUCUGUUCAAGAUUCUGUAGCAGAACUCAGUUGUCAACUUCAAGAACAUCCAUCCUUAUUACCAAUUGAUUUUGAUAUAUCACCUGUUACUGGUCAGUUAGUAUUAAGUUUACCAUCAGAAUCUACUUUAUAUAAUAGUGUUCCAGAAGAUUUAGAUCAACGUGUCCCCAAGUUGUCUAAUAGUUCAUCAACUGAAAGUUCUUCAACUACUUCUAAGGAGAGUAAAUCAUUUAUCAAAGAUAUAUCUACCAAUUUAGUACCAAUCACUACACAAUCUUAUGCAUUAGAAUUUCAAAAAGCAGUCGAAGAAGCAUCAAAGGGACGUAAAAUACAUAAUGUUCAGCUUUUUAAACCAGAAGGUUGCAGUUUGGGAUUUAGUGUUGUGGGAUUAAGAAGUGAAGAAAAAGGUGAACUAGGAAUUUUUGUCCAAGAAAUUCAACAAAAUGGAAUUGCUGCACGGGAGGGAGGACUUCAUGAAGGUGACCAAAUUAUUGCUAUCGAUGGCCAACCAUUGGACACUAAUGUGUCUCACCAACAAGCUAUUGGAAUACUGCAACAAGCCCGUGGGCUUGUUCAGUUGGUCGUAGCGCGUCCUCUGACUCCACCUCCAAUACCAUCCUCUCAACCAUCUACUAAUAUGUUAAACACUGAAUGGGCACAAGUUGAAGUUAUUGAGCUUCUUAAUGAUGGCUCAGGAUUAGGAUUUGGUAUAAUUGGUGGUAGAAGCACUGGCGUUGUUGUAAAGACAAUUCUUCCUGGUGGAGUAGCUGAUAGAGAUGGAAGACUACAAAGUGGUGAUCAUAUAUUGCAAAUUGGAGAAGUUAAUCUCAGAGGAAUGGGAAGUGAACAGGUUGCUGCUGUACUCAGACAAUCAGGCAGUCAAGUUCGUUUAGUUGUUGCACGACCAAUAGAAUCUAGUGCUAUUGAUAUUAUUCAAAAUUUAAGCUGUUCAGCUCCUAUAGUACCAACUAAAAUGUUAGGAGACGCUGAAGAACUUGAUCGUCAUUUAGUACAACAUGGUUACCCUGAAGUUGCAACUUAUACUCAAGAUUAUUUUUUUCAAAAUAUUCCAAAUGAAAAUAAUUUGUUGAUUAAUGAUAUACCAAGUUCAUUACCUAUUCUAACUAUGGAUAUGGUACCUCCUGAUAGCAUUACAACACUACCAGAAACGGAUUCAUUUACAGUUCAGUUGAAAAAAGACUCUCAUGGAUUAGGUAUAACUAUUGCAGGUUAUGUUUGUGAAAAAGAGGAGCUAUCAGGAAUAUUUGUUAAAAGUAUAAGUGAAGGAAGUGCUGCUGAUUUAUGUAAAAAAAUUCAAGUUAAUGAUCGUAUAGUUGAGGUUGAUGGGACUUCGUUACAAGGAUUUACCAAUCAUGAAGCAGUUGAAGUUUUAAGGUCUACAGGUCAAGUAGUAUCAUUACGUUUAGAACGUUAUUUAAGAGGUCCUAAAUUUGAACAAUUGCAAGUGGCAAUUGCUGCGUCAGAAAUGAAACCUAACACAAAUAGUACAACUGCAUCACCAUCAUUAAUGUCUUUACCUAGAUUUCCCAUUACUGAUGGUGAUAGUACAGCAGAAAUUGAAGUAGAAAGUGAAUCAGGUGCUACAUUAGAGGCUGAUAUAUUAGAUGGGGUUGAGGAUGAAACGGCUGAAGAAAUAAAUUUUGCUGAUAGUCAAACAUGUGAAGGAGGACUAAAACCUGAAACUAUGAAAAAUAUAAAAAAUAAAUGGAAUGAAAUUGUUGGAAACAAUGUAGAAAUAGUUAUUGGUCAACUAAAAAAGUUUAGUGAAGGUGGCGGUUUGGGUAUUAGUCUGGAAGGUACAGUAGAUGUAGAAAAUGGCAUGGAAGUCAGGCCACAUCAUUACAUUCGUUCAGUAUUGCCAGAAGGACCUGUUGGAAAAAAUGGGUGUCUUCGAUCUGGUGAUGAGUUACUAGAAGUUAAUGGACAUCGUUUACUGGGAAGAAACCAUAUGGAAGUUGUGGCAAUUUUAAAGGAGUUGCCAAUGAAUGUUAGAAUGAUAUGUGCUAGACGUUCAGAUGAACAACAGUUACCACACCAUUAUUUGACUGAUAUUUCUGAAGACCGUGCUGCUUUUGCUGCUAAAAAUGCUUUGGGAGGAAGUCUUCAAAACUUAAUGCCUGCCACAGAUAGAUUAGUAAAAGCUAAAUCUGAUGGGUCAUUAGCUAGUACUGGAACAGCAGGAUGUUCAGAAUCAAGCAGGCUUAGAUCUCGAUCUCUUGAACCUCUAACUGGACUUGCUAUGUGGUCAUCACAACCUCAACUUAUUGAGCUUAUGAAAGGAGAACGUGGUCUUGGCUUUUCAAUUUUAGAUUAUCAAGAUCCUAUGAAUCCAAGUGAAACUGUUAUUGUUAUUCGUUCUUUGGUACCUGGAGGCGUGGCCCAAAAUGAUGGUCGUUUAAUUCCUGGAGAUCGUCUUUUACGAGUAAAUGACAUAUGUUUGGAAAAUGCAUCUUUAGAUCAAGCUGUUCAAGCAUUGAAAGGUGCCCCCAAAGGUGUUGUACAAAUUGCCGUUGCUAAACCAUUGCCAAUACCAGACAGCAGUAGUCAGGACGAUAGCUCAGAUGAGAAAAAUUUGAGUAAUAAUAUCGAAGAAGAUGACUUCGAAGAUUGUUGUUCAUCGUAUAAUAAUCCAAAAUCACCAGUAAUAAUCAAGGAAUCAAAGAAUGAUGAUGCCGAAAUCAUUGUGAAAGAUCCAAAGAGUACUGAAAGGAAAUCGCCUGACCAUUCGUUGUGUGGCGUACAGAAGAUUGCAGUGGAAAAGGAUUCAUUACCACUGGGCUUAUGUUUGCGUAAACGUUCUUUUAGUGAACAAGUGGGAUUAGAAGUGGAGAGCUUGUAUGGUGCGGCUGAAAGGGACCGUAGACUUAAAGUUGGCGACAUAGUUGUAUCAGUGAACAAUGAAUCGCUCAAGUACGUGUCACCUGCCCAAGUGAAGACCAUCUUGUCUAGAGCUAACUUACUCACGGGACCCAUAUCUGUGAAAUUUAUACCCGCUGAAUUGUUGAAAGAUAGCAUCAAAGUAUCCCGAAGUAAAACUGUACCCAACAUAUCUUUACGAAGUCCUAGAUCACCAUUUGUUGAGUUUCAAGUCAAAGAAGACUGUGAUUCUUUUCAAAAGAAGCACCUCAAGACAAAAUCUUCUAAACGAUUAGGUACAUCGUCAAAGUCCAAGUCAGAAUGUACGUUAUGCACUAAAUGUCAUUCAGUGCAACGCACUAACAGCUGGAAUGAUAUAGUGCCAUUGAACGACGUUAGUUUUGAGAACGUCAUCAACUAUUACAAGGUAUUCAAUACCAGCGAUGAAUAUGUUUGCGCUAAAUUUACUAGCGACCAGUUCAUAAAAAAGUUGGAUGAGAAGUUGCUAGAAGAGUCGGAGAGGUUGUCUGAGCUCACUCAAAGCGUAUCUGCUGGUUCAUUACUAACUUCGCCCGAUGACGACCUUGACGGACAACUUUUAGCAGAAACUGAAACUCUCCAGAGACUUACUCAGAAUCAGGAAACAUAUCCUUCGUCUAGUCAGCCGUUUUUACAAGAUAACUAUAAUUUACUUAGAUUAGGCAGCGAAGAUUUUGGUUGUUUCAAUGGUCCACCCACUCGGAUUUACCGGUUUCCCAGUACUGGUGUAGCGCUGGACAGAAACGACCCAACCACCGCAUUCACCAUGACGGUUACAACUGGCCAACAAUCGCUGUUGGCCAAACACUGGGGUCCUCAGCGCGAGGUGGUAGUUCACAGGGAUUCCAACAAUAGUCUGGGAAUAAGUAUUGUUGGUGGAAAGGUUGACUUUUUCAACAGUGCUGAUACCAAUAAUAAAAGUACUGCCGUUUCAGGGAUUUUUGUAAAAAACGUUCUUCCCCAUAGUGUUGCUAGUCAACUAAAGACGGGCGAUAGAAUUUUGGAAGUUAAUGGGAUCAGUCUAAGGUAUUCUAAUCACGAGCAAGCAGUUGAAGUUAUUCGUUCCGCCAAAAAUCCCGUCGUUUUCCUUGUGCAGUCAUUAGUAUAUUGGUCAGAUAGUGAACAAAAUAUUAACUCAUCUUCAUCGUGUUCAUCUAUUAUGGAUGAAUCUUCCUCAGUCAACCAGACAAUUCCAGUCAAACCCGGUAGCGUUAAAAAUAGAAUAUCAUCUUGGCAACAGAAAAGUAUUGAACAUUUGGAAGAACCCCUUCAAGAAAAUCAGGAAAAAAGAAAAAGUUCUCUAGCUGCUAUCAAAAAAGCUUUAUCGUCAUUUGACAGUUCAAAAUCAAUAGCGUCAAAUAAAAGCGAAGAAAGUGAAGAAGAAGAUAAUAGAGAUAAUGAAGGUCGCAUUAGGAUUCAUUCAGGUCAAGAGAUAAUGAGAUCAAGCGCAGGAAACGUUAAAAGAUCAAAAGCCGAGAUCGAUGCAGACCCGGAGCAAGAAGAUGAAUUUGGUUACACAUUAAAUAAAGCAAAAAAGAAGUACGGAAACCUCUGUGGCCACAGCAGUAGUGGUCAUGGGAAAACAAACGACAGUGUCGACGAAGAAGAUAAUGAUUGUAUCAGUGAGGUUUUGGUUGUUAUGUUAGAACGAUCACCAGGUUCAGGUUUAGGGAUGAGCUUAGCCGGACAUAAAGACCGCACUAAAAUGGCCGUCAUGGUUUGUGGGUUAAAUCCCAAUGGCCCGGCAGCCAAGUCCGGGUGCUUGAGAGUUGGCGAUGAAAUUUUAGAGGUAAAUGGCAUAGUGUUACACGGUAGAUGUCAUUUAAAUGCUUCGGCCAUUAUCAAGGGUAUUCCAGGACCAAUAUAUAAAAUAGUUGUAUUAAGAAAACCAGCUGCGCUAGACGAACUUGCCGUUCGACCAAUCAUUCAAUUUCCUGUGACGCUUGAUGACGAGACGCCCGAAGAAAAAUAUGCAAAUUACAAAGGUCUACGAGUUGUCACAAUGAAAAAGCCCUGUAUCAGUAUUGCAUAUGAAGGCCAACUCACAAAUUCACCCACACAACAGAGUCCUCACGGUUUAGGAAUCAUGAUUUUAGAAGGAAAACAUGCUGAACUAGGAACUGGUAUAUUCAUAUCAGAUAUACAAGAAGGUAGUCCGGCCGAACAGGCCGGUCUUACUGUUGGCGAUCUGAUCUUGUCCGUCAACAAGGACACGUUGUUAGGCAGUACCUAUGACGCAGCGUCUUCUUUGCUAAAGAAAACCGAAGGUGUUGUAACUCUAGUCGUUUGCAAUCCUAACCGAGGCAAGGAUGAUGGUAAAGCCAUUACAGAGAACAAAAUUAAUGAUAAACCAAAACAACCAGAAAAACCAAAAUCAUUAACGCCAAUUUAUUUGGAUCAAUCAGUUGAACCUCCUCCAGAUCCUGCUACUGCAUCCGUAAAACCUGGAGUAGAAUCUAUUAUAGAAAUUAAUAAGGACAAAAUGGGUUUGGGCCUUAGCAUAGUCGGUGGAUCUGAUACGCUACUCGGCGUUGUCAUUAUUCACGAGGUGUACCCUGACGGUGCAGCAGCCAAAGAUGGCCGUCUAAGACCGGGAGAUCAGCUGGUCGAAGUGAACGGAGAAGAUUUUAGGAAUAUAACGCACGUCAAAGCGUUGAGUGUAUUGAGACAAACACCAUCAAAGGUGUCUAUGGUUGUAUUGCGAGAUGAAUCAUGCGUUACAGUUGAAAAUGGUAUCGUAUCGACAGACACGACUAGUAUUAUGGAUAGUUUCGAUGUGGAGCUCAUGAAGAAACCUGGAAAAGGUUUAGGACUUAGCAUAGUAGGAAAAAAAACUGGACCUGGAAUAUUUAUAUCGGAUAUUGUCGCUGGUGGAGCAGCCGGAGUGGAUGGUCGUUUGAUGAAAGGUGAUCAAAUAUUAGCGGUGAAUGGGCAGGACGUCCGAAAGGCUUCUCAAGAAGAAGCUGCUGCUGUUUUAAAAACAAUAACUGGCAAAAUAAUAUUGAAAAUUGGUCGUCUGAAAGCGCGUUCGACGUCGAGUUCAGACAAUGAUACUAUAUCUAUGGAAGAAACACGGACUGUCACUAUGGAUCGAAGACUGGAUGGUUUUGGAUUCAGUAUAGUAGGUGGACAUGGUCAACUUCCUGUAUAUGUCAAAACCGUUUUUUCUGGCGGUGCAGCUAGUGCUAGUGGUCUUUGUAGAGGUGAUCGAAUUUUGACAGUCAACGGCAUAUCAGUAGACGGUAUGUCCCAUGAUGAUGUAGUUUCUAUGCUUAAUGAUGCAACCCCUUCUGUAACGCUUACAUUGCGAUCAUAGAGUGUGGAAUAAUUAAAGAGACAAUUAAAGAGAUGAAGUGUAUAUGUGUAUGAUAUAGUAUUAAAAAUAAUUUAUAAUUCAUGAAUAUAUUUUUCCAAUUAUACAUUUUUUUUUUAAUAGGUCGAUUUACUGACAAAUGUGUAUUAUGAUUAUUUUUUUGUAGUUCUUUUAAAGAACAAGAUUGAUUUGUUAUGUUAAAAGCACUUGGUUGUAUUUAGAUUUCUUUAGAAAAACAUUUGCAUUUUUUGUAUGUAGGCUUUUACUUGCACAACUUAUUAAGAAAAAAACUAUAACUUAUAAAUGUGAUGUAAAUUUGUUAAAUUUUAUACAUUAAUUGUUAACUUUAUUUAGUAUUUUAAAAAUUAUAUUCAUUUUUUGUGAUAAUAGAAUUAAGACUGAACAUAAAACCAAUAAUGUCAAACAACAAGUCAUUUUAUUCUUUUAAUUUGGUCUCAACUUAUUUUUAUGUACCUUAUAAACAGGGUCGCAUUUAUGUAAAACUUGUGUAUUAUUAGUUUUAAAGGCACCUUUUAACUUAACUCAAAUUACACGUGCCAAUUACUGUUUGAAAUUUAUUAUUAAAUAUAAUUAAUGUUGUUGUUUUACAUUUAUUUCAUUAUAGCUCUAAAAGCUUGUAAAAUAGUAGUUUUAAAUAAAUGUUUAGUCAACCAGUCCGUGUAUGUAUAAAUUUAUUGUAAACACUUUAAUUUUUAUUUAAAUUUGUAUUUAUUUGAAAUGUUUCACCGAUUCUUGAAAUAAAUAAACAGAAAUCAUUUUUAAAAAAAUGGUACAUUUUA